CAUGGCAGUCGAAAUUGGCUCGCGACCGCGCGUACAUAAUGCCGAUAAGGCGCGCUCUGUCGGUUGACGCUUGAAAUCGUUUUGAGAUGGGGCUGUUGUUUGUGGUGCUGAUGGCGGUGGGGUUGGGCGGUGGUGGGUGCAGUAAAUACAAGCCUGCAGCUAUACAAUCUAAUAAUAAAUUAGUGCAUAGAAGCAUUGAUAACACUGAACCGGUGCUAGUUUUCUCGAUUUUCCGACACGGCGACAGGACACCGGACCAAGAGGAACUGGAUAAAUAUCCCGCUGAAGAUAAAAGCGACAAACUUUUCUUUCCAUUUGGAAAGAAAGCGCUAACCAAUAAAGGUAAACAGCGUGGCUUCAAGGUCGGGGAGUACCUUAGAGAGAGAUACGACGAGUUCAUCUCUCAAUUGUACCUUCCGGAUGAGAUCAAGGUUCGAACCACGGACUAUGAUCGUACAAAGAUGACCGCAUUGACGGCAAUGUCGGCGUUGUACCCUCCCCUGCCGCCGCAGCGGUGGAACCCAGCACUCAACUGGCAACCUGUACCGUACGACACGCUCGAAUAUCAACACGACGACCUUCUGUACUGGUACAAUUGUCCUCGUUACACAAAACUGAGGAACAGCGUGUACGAAUUACCCGAGGUUAAGAAGUGGAUAGAGCCUUAUGAGAGUUUUUAUUCAUACUUGAGCGAUAAAACCGGCACAAAUAUUACAACUCCCGAAGACGUUUUCUUCUUAGACAACCUAUUUCAAACAUUAGAAAAUGUUGGAGUUAAACCACCGAAAUGGGCGCAGGAGGUGAUGCCGAAAAUAAAAGAAAUGACGAAAAUUGAGUACGCCAUAGAAUACUACGACGAUGACUUGAUACGACUAGCUUCAGGUGUACUUUUAGGAGACAUCAUAAAUGCUUCUAAAUUAGCAGUUGCCGGUGACUUGGAUCAGCCAAAAAUGCGCUUGGUAUCGGCACACGAAAACAACGUGGCUGGCUUGAUGGCAGCUGCCAGGGUGUUCCAACCACACCAACCUAAGUACGGGUCUACGUUCUCAUUGGAGUUAAGGAGGAGAAAUGAUACUGGACAAUAUGGAUUUUCGGCGGUGUAUGCUGCAAUAGCUGGCGGUCCAGAUGUAAUUCUGCCAGUCGACGGCUGCGGGGACUCAUUAUUCUGUGAUUACGACACAUUCCUACAUCUCACUAAGAACGUGGUCAUUACAAGGGAGAGAUUCGAGGAGGAAUGUUUCAAAUAAUUUUAAGACAAACUGUUCUUCGAAUUCUGAAACCAAGUACAAACCGGUUUAUUGAUAAAAAAACUGGUAAAACGACACAUUGAAAAAAAAAUCUAAUUAAGAUACCCACCGAGUUAAUUUGCGAAAAUCCAGUAAAAAAAACUUAGCAUAACGAUUAACCGAAAUUUACAUAAAUGCUUGUAAUCGUGUGAAAUAAAGGAUAAUAAAGUGGCUGUGAUUUAUUCAA